AUGGAGGGAAACGGCGAUGUGCGGCCUUCGAAACGUAAACGAUAUUCAGUAAACACAGAAGUAGAACAGCAGCCUCGCAAAAUUAGGCGCGGAAGAGUUGAGUUCGAAACAGAAACCCUAACCCGAGAACCCGGCCCGUCGUUGUCAACUAGGUUCCAAGCCCUUUCUCCCUUAUCUCGGAGGCAUAGGAAGCCGCAACAGAGUCGAGAUGAGAGAGAGAGCUCCCGGCAGUGGGCUUUCUCUCCCUGCAACUCUUCUACUUCUACCUAUAAAGAUAAUUUUGUGGUUGUUUCUUAUAACAUUCUGGGUGUUGAAAAUGCAUCCAAGCACCCAGAUUUGUACUAUAAAGUCCCACCCAGAUUCUUGGAAUGGGGCCGCCGCAAGAAGCUUAUACGGAAGGAGAUCAAUCGUUAUAAUGCUAGCAUUAUGUGUUUACAGGAGGUUGAUCGUUUUGAUGAUUUAGCUCAUCUUUUCCAGAAAGAUGGGUUCGAAGGUGUUUACAAGUAUACGCAGAGUAAACAAAGUCAAUUAGAGUCGGAGAUAACUCCCCAAACCUCAGUGAGUCCAUGCACCCAAAACAGAAGUGUAGUGAUUGGCAAUACGCAUGUACUAUUCAAUCCAAACCGUGGAGACAUCAAGCUAGGGCAGGUCCGUCUGUUUCUUGAAAAAGCUCAUGAGCUAUCACAAGAGUGGGGCAGUAUCCCUGUUAUAAUUUCCGGAGAUCUAAAUAGUAUCCCACAGAGUCCUAUGUACCAGUUCCUGGCUUCAUCUGAGUUGGACAUCCAACUACAUAACCGCAGACAUAUUUCCGGACAGGUUGACUCUGGAUCAGAGAACAGAUCCUUCAGAUCUCAGAAUGAGAAAGCAAGCAGUGAGAAAUCUGAUUUUAGAAGGGAAAAGAAAAAUCUUAACUGCAUUCUGUAUUGGAGAUGCAGUGUUAGGAAAUAUAUUUCAAGGCCUUUGCAAUAUAUAUGGAAUGAGGAAGAAGUAAGGCUUGCAACAGGCAUUGAAGGAGCCACUCGUCUUCAGCACCAUUUAAAGCUUUGCAGUGCAUAUCUUGGAGUACCUGUCUCAUAUCUGAUACCGCAGACAGAUGUAGUCAGAUAUGAGAGUCCCCUCAGCCAACACGGAUAUCAUGGUCAAUUAGGCAUGACACAUGUAAUUGUCCCUUUGGAGGAUCCAGAAAAUGGUAGUUGUAGAACCAGAGAUGGGUGUGGAGAACCCUUGGCAACAUCGUACCACUCCAAGUUCAUGGGAACUGUUGAUUAUAUUUGGCAUACAGAGGAACUUGUUCCUGUCAGAGUUCUUGAAACCUUACCAGUAAACAUUUUAAGAAGAAAUGGAGGACUACCUAGCAAAAAAUGGGGUAGCGAUCAUCUUGCUCUUGUAUGUGAACUGGCUUUUCGUAAAUGA